UUUGAAACUGUACUUUGGUUCAGAGUUUGUUACCUAUAACACUGUAAGUAAGCUUUAAAUCUAGCUCUGUUGGACAUGUAGAUUUAUGGAAUCUUCCCUCCCCACCUCCACUGCUUUCUGCUAAAGGUUGGGUGAGGUAGGGAUCUUUUGUCUUCAAAGGUGAAGAUUAAACUCACACCCCACUGCUCUCUGCUACUUCUAUGGAGCAUCUAGUUAGCCUGGAGUUCAGUUUAGUUCACCUCCCCUCCCUCCUGCCUCUUUGGAGGUGGAGUUUGGGGGAAGAGGGGCCACGUGGAAUUCUUUCCUUCUCCCUCCCUCUAAACUGUUCCAGACUUUUUUUUUUUUUUUUUUUUAAUCAAGUUGUAGCCCCCUGGUUUUGGCUAAAAGGAGCAAACUGAUUUGUAUAAAUAUAAAGUUAUGGUAAAUAUCUGGAUUUAUCCGAAACUUUGGUUAAUGGGAUUUGUUAUUGGAGGUAAAAUUUCUUGAGUUUAUAGUUAAUAUGUCACUGCAUUUUUUCCUCCUGUAACUGAUUUUUAUAAUCAGAGCAAUGGUCAAUAAGAAACUGUUAAUACAAUUCAAUUGUCAUACCUUGUUUUCAAUCUGGUUAUCUGUAAUCAUUAUACCCUAAAUCCUUGAGCAAAUAAAUAUUUAGUCUGGUCUUCUAUCUGUUACUAGAUAUUGUGUCUGGAUAUUCAAGCUUUUUUUUUUUUUUUUUUUUUAAGGUUUAUAACUAAUGAGAGGCCACAUCUUGUAGCAGUCCUUGUGGAGCAGUCUUUCUAUCUCGGACUGCUCUAACUUUUGUUAGACUUGUUUUUGCUCCUAGAUUUGGUCAAAUUACAGAUAUAUUGACUUGCUUCUGGGACUUAGAUAAAGCUUUGUCAGCACGCCACACUACACCCAUCCCCCUCCCUGGAUUGAGCAUCUCUGCCCAUCUUUAGCAGGAAGCAGCUUUUGAGAAAAUCAUUGCUCCUGCUCCUGAUGUAAUUUGGACUGAUAUGGGGAAAGUGCUUGAAUUGUUAAAAUUUUAACUGUAUUACUGUGUUUAAGACUUGGGAUGGAAAUUAUUAAACUUGUGUAACUAUUGCUGUUAUGUUUGAGGGAUUUUUAGUCCGUUACAUAUAUGUAUAUGUAUAUGAUUUAUAUGUAGGAUGGCUAUUUGAUAAUUCCUUUGCAUGAGAAAAAAAAAAAGGAAGAAAUAGGAAAUUGGGAAACUGGUGUAUUUUCUUAGGUACUUCUGCCCCACCCCUUAUUUUACUAGUUCAGAUUUAAUUGGAAAUCCUUUAAACAAUCCUUUUCAUUUUUUUACUCCUUGCUUAAAUUUACUGGACUAUGAUUUGCUGGUUAUGAUUUAACCUUGGAAUCCCUUAUUCUGUUGAAUUGCCCUGGCAGACUCAGUUUUUGGAAUUUUUUAGAAACGACCAGAAAUCAGACACCUGUCCUGGAACUGGCAAUCUCUCUGAUCUGUUUCUCCACUCCUGUAACCCCAUUCUUUAAUCAGUAUUUCAGCAUACUUAAAAGGACCUUGCAGCAGUUUGGUAUCAGGUCUCUAAAAGUUCAGGGUUUGCCUGCUUUGGUCUAACUGCAUAAUCUGCUCAGAAAUCUGAUCCUUUCUGCAGCCCUGCGGUGUUCUCUUCUUUAAAAUAUAAUGGUUCUCUCUGAGCAGGUUUCUUGGGGAAGUUUUCUGGAGGCAGCCUUAGUUUUAGUUCAGAGUAAUAAUCAUUCCAAAUGCAGCCAGGUGUUAAAAGUUCAGAUCUUUUAUUGCUUCCUCCAAAAUAGCCUGGUUAGUUUUCUUGAUGGCCUAUCUCUCUGCUUCGUUCCAAGAGCUCCCUCUGAAUGUCUCCAAAUCCAAAGGUUUGUCCUUCAGCCUCCAGCCGGCAGAAAGGUGGAAAAUGGAAUGAAUCUGACUUCGCCUCCAAGAGUGGGCUUGUGGGCUUCCUCCCAGAGUGCUCCCCUCCUGGCAAUGCUACGAACUAACUAACCUGAAGCUCUAAGAGCUUCUUUAUAUAUGAUCUCCCAAAGGUUGACUCCUCCUCUGAGGGAGGGAUUAAGGGAGGUGUGAAUUCACAAAGUGACAAAGUUAACUUUGUGAAUUUCCCAUACUUGUAAACUCCAAUGAGUACUUAAAUACAUUAGUGAGUUAGAGAAUUUGCUAAGUACCAUGCUAAAUUAGGCAACUGACUUAUCACUUUGUAAGGAUUUGCUUUAAGGUGUGAACCAAUAAGCAUUGUAUCAAUUCCAUUGAGUUAACACUAGGAUUCUAACACAGCUCUGUCUGUUCCUCUGGUUGGGGACAGAUGGAGCUACUCCAAGCCUCACCCUUCUCCCCUGGAGUGAGUUGCCCCUCUGAAUGGACAGCAUGACUGUUUUGAGCCCUGCUACUCUGUAAGAAGAAGCUGAGUCAUGCACAAAUGACCACAGACCUAACUCACAGUGCAUUGUCCAUAUGUUUCCCAACUGCAGAGGACCUAAUAUGAUUGCAACAAGGAGCUUUGUGUAUUGCUGAUUAACUCUGGGGUUAUUAGGGAGAGACUUGUCUUUGCCAUAAGUCCUUGCAUUGUUGUAGCUUUAUUUUGUUUUUGAUUUGGUCUAUUAACUUAAGAUAGGAUUGGUCAAAAUUGUGGUGCUAAGACCUUCUAGAGGAAGGUAAUUCGAUGAUUUGAAUAGUCAGAAGAGAGUGUGUAAUGUUGUGCCACAGUUCUCUUUUAAUGUCCUGACCCAGUUUCCCUAAAUUGUCUUAUUCAAUUAUUCUGCCUCAGGUCAUAAUCAUUCCCUCUUAAUGUUUGAUGGGAUAAAGGUCUUUAUCCAUUUUAGACAUCAUUAGAAUAUCAGGAGCCUUUCCAGUACCUCUCAUUAUGCCAUCCUAGGUGUCUUCCCCCAUUAGGUCAUCCCCAUCCAGGUACCUCCCCCAUUAUGUCAUUGUUCUUGUUACCCUAUAAAAGAAUCACAGUGAACUGUCCAUAUUCUUUUUUUUUUUUUUUUUUUUUUGUGAUUCUUGGAGAUCAUAUAUAAAGAAGCAUCCACUGCUGGAUUCUUUGAGACAACAGUUUCACUCAGCCCUGGGACUAAACCAUGGAUCCAUUUGGUCCCUAUAAAUCUCUCCACUAAAAAAAUUAUUAAAUUGUUCUCUAAUCUCUAUCCUGCCUCAGUUUCUCUGACAUUACAGUAUUUGCCAACAAAACCUCAAAUGAUCAUGAAGAGUUGGACAUGAAUGAACAAAAACAACAAAAUUAGGGAGAUCACUUGAGGAAAAUUAAUUAGCAGUCUGUAGCAAUAGUCCAGAUUUUAGGUGAUGAGGAUCAAGAUGGUAGCAGUGUCAAAGGAUAGAAGGGGCCAUAUAAGAUAGAUGUUUAGGAAGACAGAAUUGACAAGACUUGUCAACAAUUUGGAUAUGGGAGGUAGGAGCAGCUAGAGUGAGGAGUCAAGGAUGACACCCAAUUUUGAACCUGAUUGAUGGGAAGGAUGAUGGUGCCCUGGAUAGUAAUAGAGAAACUAGAAAGAGGAAAGUAUUUGGAAGGGAAAGAUGAGUUCACUAAUAGGCAGUUGGAAAUGAUAGAGUGACAAUUAGAAGAAGGUAGAUCAAGGCUAGGUAAGUAGAUCUGAGAAUCAUGUGCUUAGAGAUGAUAAUUCAAUCAGUGAAAGUUCUGGAGAGUACCAGUAGCAAUAAUACAAAGGAAGAUGAGCUACUCAGAUCCUCCAGUGAAUCAGUAUGGAAGGAGAAGGGAAGAAGUUCCAGGACAGAAUCCUUGGGGAUACCGACACUAGUGUUUGCAACCUGAAUUAAGAUCUAGCUAUUAUCUCCUCACAAAUACAUCUUGAAAUCUCUGGUUUCUUUCCUUUGGUUCAGAAUCUCUACCUAUCUGACCCCAGCCCUGUUUCACAUUCCACCUUUCAUAUCUUUUAAUCGUACUUAACAUCCAGAUUUGCCCAAGGUCUGUAUUAUUAAUAUUUUUCUCUGUCACUGUCAAAUCUAGAUAAUCAACAAAACUAGCCCUGAUUUAUAGCCUUUCCCAAUUUCAAACACUUUCUUUGAAAAUUUAGCAACUGGCUCUCCUCCCUCAAAAAUGUACCAAAAAAUAACACAUCUUAUCUGUUUCUAAGUUAAAUCUGUAUUAUUAAAUUUUAACAACUGGGUCAUUUUCCUAAAAUAAUCUUUCAAGUUAAAUCUAUAUUAUUAACAUUUUCUUCAUUACUUUUGAACCGGAUAAUCGACGGUAUACAUCUAAUUGGAGCCUUUCCUCAAUCCCAAAGUUCUGAAUACUAACGAUUGGCUCUCGGGAGCAAGUACGAGCGCGUUCCAGGAGACCCAGCUUGAACAGGGCAACAAACAGAAGGAAAAAAAAGACUCUUUUGUCUGAUCUCCAGCUGAUUGGAAAAAGGGCCCCGUCUAUAAUGCUGACUAUAGAUGAACUACAUUUCCCAGAGAUCCGAGGGGCUCUCGGCUUGCUAUUGACUGGUUAACAGUGAGCCAAUCCGUGAGACAUUACGCAAGACACCAAUCACAGGGAAGUGGGGGCAGGCCCUUCCUCUUUCAGAGGUUGGCUUGCCUCAGGAACCCAAUAGGACGGGGUGGGGGGCGUGUGUGUGAUCUCCGAAGCUCCCGGGGAUUUCGGGUCCCGAGACUAAAUCACUAAGGUACACGCAGACUCCUUGCACUGGGCACUCAACCCGAGCGCCCUUGGAGGUCACGCGGAGCCGCGGGCGUGGGAGGAGGACCAGGAACCGUUUUCUCCCUCUAACACGUGGGAUAGGAGUAGUCUGUGACAAACCCACCCUUGGGCCGGUCUCGUUCUCCCUCUCCCUGGCCGCUUGCCCAGUUCCACCCGUUACAGGACGUUGGCAUCUUGGACAGCACGGAGUCCGGUAAGACUUGGGACGGGCGAGGUUUAAGGCCGAGGGGUUUGCUUCUCUGGCGCCGCAGGGCUUUUGAAAAGGAAGAUUAAGCCCAUCUCGUUUCCUUUCUUCUAGAACCGUCAAUGGUUUGUCGGUCCCAGGAUCUGCCUCCGUCUAGGAAAAGUCUUUGCUUCCCGAUCUCCCGCCUUUCUUCGAGUCUGUAGCCCGAGGCGCAGCGGAGCGUGCAUCAUGCCACCCACUCUGGAAGAACUGCAGCCGGCAGGAAAAAAAAUUCUGAAGAAUGAUAUUGAAGCCAUUUUGAAGGAGAAGAUCAUGGUAUUGGAUGGCGGUAUGGGGACCAUGAUCCAGAGGUAUACAUUGUCUGAAGAGGACUUCAGAGGACAGGACUUGAAAAACCAUGCCAAACCUUUGAAAGGCAACAAUGAUCUCUUAAGUAUAACGCGGCCUGAUAUCAUUUGCAAGAUCCAUAAGGAGUACUUGAUGGCUGGAGCAGAUAUUAUUGAAACAAAUACUUUUAGCAGCACUUGGGUUGCCCAGGCUGAUUAUGGCCUUGAACACUUGGCUUAUCGGCUGAAUAAAUGUUCUGCAGAAGUGGCUAGAAAGGCAGCCGAUGAUGUAACUUCUCAGACAGGGAUUAAGAGAUUUGUAGCAGGGUCCAUGGGUCCCACCAAUAAGACCCUCUCUGUGUCCCCUUCUGUGGAAAGACCGGAUUACAGAAACAUCACCUUUGAUGAACUAGUUGAAGCUUACCAAGAGCAGGCCAGAGGACUUCUAGAUGGUGGAGUUGACAUCUUAUUGGUAGAAACUAUUUUUGAUACUGCGAAUGCUAAGGCAGCCUUGUUUGCACUCCAGAAACUCUUCGAAGAGGAAUAUGAUCGGCGGCCUAUCUUUGUUUCAGGUACUAUUGUGGAUAAGAGUGGGCGAACUCUUUCUGGACAAACAGGAGAGGCAUUUGUCAUCAGCGUUUCCCAUGCAGAACCACUAUGCCUUGGAUUAAACUGUGCUUUAGGAGCCCUGGAAAUGAGACCUUUCAUUGAAACAAUUGGCAAGUGUACAACAGCAUAUGUCCUUUGUUAUCCCAAUGCAGGUCUUCCCAAUACCUUUGGCGAGUAUGAUGAAACACCUGAAAUGACUGCAAUGCAUAUUAAGAACUUUGCAUUGGAUGGUUUGGUCAAUGUUGUAGGUGGUUGUUGUGGUACCACGCCGGAUCAUAUCAGGGAAAUUGCAGAAGCUGUGAAAAAUUGUAAACCUAGAGUUCCCCCUGCAUCUGUUUUUGAUGGAUAUAUGUUGCUGUCAGGACUAGAGCCUUUCAGGAUUGGACCAUAUACCAACUUUGUUAACAUUGGUGAACGCUGUAAUGUUGCGGGAUCGAGGAAGUUUGCUAAACUCAUCAUGGCAGGAAACUAUGAAGAAGCUUUGAGUGUGGCUAAAACCCAAGUGGAGAUGGGAGCUCAGAUUCUGGAUAUUAACAUGGAUGAUGGGAUGUUGGAUGGCCCCAGCGCGAUGACCAGAUUUUGUAACUUCAUUGCUUCUGAACCUGAUAUUGCUAAGGUACCAUUAUGCAUUGACUCUUCUAAUUUUGCUGUGAUAGAGGCUGGAUUGAAAUGCUGCCAGGGGAAGUGUAUAGUCAACAGCAUUAGUCUGAAGGAAGGUGAGGAUGACUUUCUGGCGAAGGCAAAGAAGAUCAAGAUGUAUGGGGCUGCUGUGGUGGUCAUGGCAUUUGAUGAAAUGGGUCAAGCUACAGAAACCAGCAAUAAAAUUGAAAUUUGUACACGUGCCUACCAUCUUCUUGUUAAAAAAGUGGGAUUUAAUCCCAAUGACAUCAUCUUUGACCCCAAUAUCCUUACCAUUGGGACAGGAAUGGAAGAGCAUAAUUUGUAUGCUGUUAACUUUAUCAAUGCAACUAAAACUAUCAAGGAAACAUUACCUGGAGCCAAAAUAAGUGGAGGCCUUUCCAACCUAUCCUUCUCCUUCCGAGGAAUGGAAGCUAUUCGAGAAGCCAUGCACGGGGUUUUUCUUUACCAUGCAAUAAAGUUUGGAAUGGACAUGGGAAUAGUGAAUGCAGGAAACCUCCCGGUGUAUGAUGACAUCCACAAAGACCUCCUCCAGCUUUGUGAAGAUCUGAUUUGGAAUAAGGACCCAGAUGCGACAGAGAAGCUGUUACGCUAUGCCCAGACUCAGGCCAAAGGAGGAAAGAAAACUAUUCAGACAGAUGAAUGGCGGAAUGGCCCUAUCGAGGAAAGACUAGAGUAUGCCCUGGUUAAGGGCAUUGAAAAAUAUAUUGUAGAGGACACCGAGGAAGCAAGAAUGAACAAGGAAAAAUAUCCCCGACCACUAAACAUAAUCGAAGGGCCUCUGAUGAAUGGCAUGAAAGUAGUUGGGGAUCUCUUUGGUGCUGGAAAGAUGUUUCUUCCACAGGUAAUAAAGUCAGCCCGUGUCAUGAAGAAGGCAGUUGGCUAUCUUAUUCCUUUCAUGGAAAAAGAAAGAGCGGAAAAAAAGGCUCUUACUGGAAAUGUGGAAGAAGAGGACCCUUAUCAAGGCACCAUUGUGUUGGCGACUGUCAAGGGUGAUGUGCAUGACAUAGGCAAGAACAUUGUAGGUGUAGUCCUGGGCUGUAAUAAUUUCAGGGUUAUUGAUUUAGGAGUCAUGACUCCCUGUGAUAAGAUAUUGAGAGCCGCUAUUGACAACAAAGCAGAUAUAAUUGGCCUGUCAGGACUCAUCACUCCCUCUCUGGAUGAAAUGAUUUUUGUUGCCAAGGAAAUGGAGAGAUUAGAUAUAAAGAUUCCUUUGUUGAUUGGAGGAGCAACCACUUCCAGAACCCAUACAGCAGUUAAAAUAGCACCAAGAUAUAGUGCUCCUGUAAUACAUGUCCUGGAUGCAUCUAAAAGUGUAGUGGUGUGCUCUCAGCUAUUGGAUGAAAAUCUAAAGGAUGACUUCUUUGAGGAAAUCAUUGAAGAGUAUGAAGACAUUAGGCAGGACCAUUAUGAAUCUCUCAAGGAAAGAAGAUAUUUAACUUUAGAUCAAGCCCGGAAAAAAGGAUUCCAUAUAGAUUGGCUCUCAGAAUCAGCUCCAGUGAAGCCCAGAUUUAUUGGGACUCAGGUAUUUGAAGACUAUGACUUGCAGAGGCUGGCCGACUAUAUUGACUGGAAACCUUUCUUCGAUGUCUGGCAACUCAGGGGCCGAUAUCCCAAUCGAGGCUUUCCCAAGAUCUUUAAUGACAAAACAGUGGGGGAAGAAGCCAAAAAAGUGUAUGAUGAUGCCCAAAAUAUGUUGAAGGUACUGAUUAGUGAAAAGAAACUACAAGCCAGGGGUUUGGUUGGAUUCUGGCCUGCACAAAGUGUCCAGGAUGAUAUUCAUUUGUAUGCAGAAGAUGCUGUACCACAAUCUGCAGAGCCAAUAGCUAAAUUUUAUGGCUUAAGACAACAGGCAGAAAAGGACUCUGCAAGCACAGACCCUUAUUAUUGCCUGUCUGACUUCAUUGCUCCUUUGGAAUCUGGAGUCCGUGAUUACUUGGGCUUCUUUGCUGUGGCCUGCUUUGGAGUAGAUGAACUGAGCAAGAGCUAUGAGAAGCAAUGUGACAUCUACAGCAGCAUCAUGGUUAAAGCUCUGGGAGACCGGUUGGCAGAGGCUUUUGCAGAAGAACUUCAUGAAAGGGUUCGCAAAGAAUUGUGGGCUUACAGUGAAGGUGAGCAGCUAGAUAUUGCCGACCUGCGGAGAAUCCGGUAUGGGGGCAUCCGCCCUGCUCCUGGCUAUCCCAGCCAACCUGACCAUACUGAGAAGCUUACAAUGUGGAAACUCGGCCAUAUUGAAGAAACUACAGGAAUCAGACUUACAGAAUCAUUAGCAAUGGCACCAGCUUCAUCCGUUUCUGGUCUCUACUUUGCCAAUCUGAAGUCCAAAUAUUUUUCUGUUGGUAAAAUUUCCAAGGACCAGAUUGAAGAUUAUGCUUUGAGGAAAAACAUGUCUGUGGAUGAAGUUGAGAGAUGGCUGGGACCCAUUUUGGGAUAUGAUGCAGACUAACUCUUCUAUCUUCUUUCUCCCCCCUAAAGAUAACUUCAGAAAAUAGACUCCUGAGUGCCUUUAAAAAUGCCACAGUUAAUUAUCAUUAAAUGGAUUGGCCUUCUUAAGGUUUGGGAAGAUGGGGAAAACCCCAUUUGAUGGUGCAAGAGAUGCAAAAGUCAUCAUGUAUUUAUUUAUUAUGGGACACUGAAAGUAAGCUGCUCCUUUUUUUUUCUUUUUUUAAAUAAGCAAACUACAGAGAUAGCCAACUGUAGUCAUACAUAUCAGAGACUAUGCAAGAUGUUAACUGAUUGCUUUUAUUUUUGUAUGUGUUGGACAUGUGCUAAGAGUUAGUAAAUAAAAUAGAAAGCGAGGUAUUUUUCGGUAGGUAGCUAAAAUACUUGGUUAGCUUCUCAAAAAUUUUAUGUUUACCUCAUACUUAGAAUAGCAUUUUUACAGAUAAUUUAUCUGGACUUUUUUUUUUUUUUUUUAAACUCAAGAGUCCCAGUUUAGUUCAGUCUGGAAUCAGGAGGACUUGGGUUAGAAUUCCACCUCCAAGAUACACUGUGUAAGUGUUGCAGUUUACCUUUACUUUAUAGAGUCUCAAUUUCCUAAACAAUGGGGAUAAUAAUAUCCACAGGACCUAUCUCCCAAGAUGAUUGUGAUACUCUAGUGAAGAAGUAUAGACAAUGUACCUUGCAUAAGUUGGUAAUUAUUAAUAGAAAUGUGAACUUAAGGCCAAACGGCAUUAUGAGAAAUGAGAUAUUAAGAACAGAUAUAGUUUACUUUUUUUUAAAUUUUUUCUCCCUGGUGUUAAAUAUUUGGUGAAUUAGAUUGAACUUGACAGUUAAAUAUUGAAUGGAAGAAAGUGGGCUGCUCUCCCUCCACAAAACGUCAUUUUAAAAGAUAAUUGAGUAUAUUUAUGUCAAAGUGAGCAUUACAAGUACAUGCCAGCAAGAAUCUCACUUGAGUGGAGGCAGAUCCAUGGUAGCUCAGGGUUAGAGAAAAUAAAAUCAUCUCAGAGGCAAUAUCAUGGAAGUAUUUUAAUUUUAUCCUGCCUAUUUAUCAUUCUCUCUCUACUCUCCUAACUCCCCUCAAAGAUAUCAAGAUUUCUGUGCCAGGAAAAGAAUGCUCAGCAACAUUGUCCUUUUUCAAAAAUGUUUUAGAUCUGUGGCUAAGUAUUGGGCUUUCUCUCCCAACUUCAGCCUCACGCUCUUAAUGAAAACUUUGUUCAACACACUUACACACAUUGAAUUUUCCCUUAUUAGAACUCUUGAUAAUCACAAUCUCUAUUGUACACAUAUAGUUCAAUUUUUAUUGGAUUUUAAAAUAUUUUAUAUGCAUGUCAAAGUUGCAUAAUUAAAUUAUUAGCUUCUUAAGGAUAGGGACCAUAUAUUAUUCUAUAGUAUAUCCCUCAUAGCAUCUAAAACAGUAUGUGGCAGAUAGGAGAUUCCAUUUGAGAGCCAGUAAUCUAGGUUAUGAGAGAAAUAUAUUUCUGGUAGACAGAGAGCUGAUUUAAGCUUCAGAGAAUCUGCCUCUGAAACAGAUUAGCUGGGUUACUUCAUGCAUCUUUCACUGGCCCUAGCUCCUGUAAAUUUCAGAAUAGUAGCUAAUCUGCAUUAGGGGGAAGUUUCUUCUCUGGACAUUACCUGCAGCAAUAAAUUUGCAGGUCUGGACCAAAAAAAAAAAAAAAAGCUUUUUCAAAUAAGAGAUAGGAAAGAGGGAAAGAGAACAAGUAUUUGUUAAGUGUCUAUGUUCUUCAGGUACUGUUCUAAGUGUUUUACAGAUGUUCUUUGAUGAGGUAAGAUUCCCAUGUCCUUCGGUUUGUAGGUCACAAAACAGUGACUAGAGAAAAAGUACCUUUUACUGUACCUUGCUAGCUUUGCCAGCCAUUUAUUAUGUAAGCCCAAAGAUCACAUUUUAAGAGUUGUUUUCUCAAAGCAUUUAGGUCAAUUGUUGUACUGUGUGUGUGUGUGUGUGUGUGUGUGUGUGUGUGUGUGAAAUGAGAAAAAUAUCCUUAUGUGCUUUUAAAAAAAAGUGGAUUGCUCAUGCAUAGAUGUUUAAUGUGUGUGUGUGUGUGUGUGUGUGUGUGUGUGUUCUGCUUCAUAUAUGCUGCAAAGCAUUUAAUGAGCUCUCUAGCAUUUAUGUAUUUUUUAAAAAUCUGACAUGAGAGAAAAGAAUUUUUAAAUAUGUUACAUAUGAAUGGAAUUAACAGCAGUCUAUUUUUACCAUUAAAUGUCUUUUCGUCAUCUUUUCUGCCCUUUUGUAGAUGGAACUGUAUCUUUGAAUCUAUUGUCAAGAGAACUGUAUGUCAGUUGUCACCUUUUCUAGGGGGGAAAAUUGUGUGUGCAUAUGAAAGAUUGAAAUAUAAAAUAAAAUUUGAAAAUAUC